AUGGUGACCAGUGAGAGAAAUCACAGUUCUAUUGCUACAUUUGUUCUCUUAGGUUUCACCGAUUACCCAGACCUUCAGGUGCCCCUGUUCCUAGUAUUCCUGACCAUAUAUUCCAUAACUGUGGUGGGAAAUCUGGGAAUGAUUGGCAUCAUUCGCAUCAACCCCAAACUUCACACUCCUAUGUACUUUUUCCUCAGCCACUUGUCCUUUGUGGAUUUCUGUUACUCCUCCAUCAUUGCUCCCAAGAUGUUGGUAGAUUUACUCAUAGAAGACAGAAGCAUCUCCUUCUCUGGGUGUUUGGUACAAUUCUUUUUCUUUUGUACCUUUGUGGUGACUGAAUCUUUCCUAUUAGCAGUGAUGGCCUAUGAUCGCUUUGUUGCCAUUUGUAAUCCUUUGUUGUACACAGUUGCCAUGUCCCAGAGGCUUUGUGCCCUGUUGGUGGCAGGAUCCUACACAUGGGGUACAAUCUGUUCCCUCCUACUCACAUGUUCUGCCGUCCAAUUAUCAUUUUAUGGAUCUAACACAAUUAAUCACUUUUUCUGUGAAUUUUCAUCUCUGCUGACUCUCUCUUAUUCUGAUACAUAUUUCAACCAGAUGCUGCUCUUCAUCUCAGCCACUUUUAAUGAAGUGAGCACACUUUUAAUCAUCCUGGCCUCUUAUGUAUUCAUUUUUGUUACUGUCCUAAAGAUGAAUUCAUCUAGUGGGAGACGUAAAGCCUUCUCUACAUGUGCCUCUCACCUGAUGGCCAUUACAAUCUUUCAUGGGACCAUCCUCUUCCUCUAUUGUGUCCCCAACUCCAAGAACUCAAGGCACACAGUGAAAGUGGCCUCUGUGUUUUAUACAGUGGUAAUCCCUAUGCUCAAUCCCCUAAUCUAUAGCCUGAGGAACAAAGAUGUAAAAGAAACAGCCAUGAAGUUAAUGAUAACAAAACUGAUUAAUAUUAAAGAGGUAUGGGAAAAUACAAAUAGUAAUAUGGUGUUGUUGGACCUCGACUGUGUACAAAUGUUGAGAAAAGCAACUUGGGUUUAUACAAGAAAAUAUGAAAAACAGUUUACUUUGACUGAACUGUUCAUCUGCAAUGUAUGUACUUAA